CAAAAAGAAAAAGGUGUCAUCGACCUUGGCAAGAAGCCUUCGCGGAGGGCAAAAAAGAAUCUGGCGAUAUCGUGGCAGCAGGCUAACUUGGAGUAUAAUUUCCCAUUAUCUCGACACCCACUGAAUUUUCCAAGUAAUAAGCGUCCCUCGAUAAUUGGCAAUUGUCCUUGCUGGAUUUAGAAAGACGACUGGCUCGGGCGCCAAUGUCGUCGAACUGUCAAAUAAUGUACCGUGACCAAAGUCUCCUUCCGACCAUAUAAAUUCCCACGAUCGAUCGAAUGAGUAAUCACUCGAGUCAAGUUCCUCGAGAAAUAACGACAUGGACAAGCAACUUGCUGUACUCCUCGUGGCUUUUGCCAUCACGGAUGCUGUUUACAUCGACUAUAAGAGUCCUUAUGGAAACGUUUACACUGACGAAUCAAUCGGUGCUCCACUGGUCGCUAUUCCUGUUCAGGGCGCUGAUUAUUCCGGAUAUUACAGCAACGACGAACACUCCCACGACCACUACGCUCAUCCGCAAUACUCGUUCAAUUAUGGAGUCAACGAUCCGCACACCGGCGAUGUGAAAAGUCAGGAGGAAGUGAGAGACGGCGACGUCGUCAAAGGCUCGUAUUCCGUGAACGAACCGGACGGUACGAUUCGCGUGGUCGAAUACACGGCUGACGAUCACAACGGUUUCAACGCGGUCGUUAAAAAAAUUGGCCACGCCGUGCAUCCUGCUCCGAUUCCCAUUGCGCAUUACCCAAACGUUGGACCGGCGUAUUACGGACACGAUCUUUACGAGGGUCAUUAUUGAAUGAAUUUCAAUCGAAUUAUCAACGACUCGACGUGGGGCGAGCGAGGAAUUGGAUCAUUUAAAUAAACCUCCGGAAUCCAAUAAUGUUGCACGACUUUUUAUGUCACUUCGCGUCGAUCGAACUAGUGGAAAAAUCCAUUUAAAUUCGAACGUCGAUGUUUCUUAAUGAUAAAAUAAAUACGAAAAUGUACAUUUUUCAAUUCUCGUA